AUGAAAAUUUUGAAGCUUCCAUGGCUGGCACAUAAAGAGGAACAUCGAAAAUACGAAGUUUACACGGCCGAUGUGAGUCCAGAUGGGGAACGCUUGGCUACGGGUGGUUUGGAUGGCAAAAUUAGAAUAUGGUCAAUACCAGAUAUCCUCAAAAUGUUACAAAAAGAUUUCAAACUUAACGAUGAUUGUCAAGCACCAUUGGCUAGCAUGAGCAGACACACUGGGUCUGUGACAGUGGUGCGCUUCUCACCAGAUGGCAAGUUUUUAGCAUCUGGGUCCGAUGAUCGAAUUCUGCUCAUAUGGGAAAGGGACGAAGAGCAGAAACAGCCUAUAUUUGGAUCUGAGAAUGACAAAGAACAUUGGAACGUACGACGGAGGCUCGUGGCUCACGACAACGAUAUUCAAGACAUCUGCUGGGCGCCCGACUCCAGUAUUCUGGUCACUGUCGGGCUUGAUCGAUCUGUUAUCGUAUGGAAUGGGUCCACCUUCGAGAAAAUCAAGCGCUUCGAUGUGCAUCAGUCUUUGGUUAAAGGUGUGAUUUUUGACCCUGCAAACAAAUACUUUGCCACAGCGUCUGAUGAUAGAACACUACGAAUUUUCCGAUAUCACAAAACUGGGGACCUCAAUUUUUCAAUUGAGCAUGUUGUUUCUGAGCCUUUCAAAGGCUCGCCAAUCACUACGUACUUUAGGCGACUUUCCUGGUCUCCUGAUGGGCAACAUAUAGCAGCGCCGAAUGCUACAAAUGGACCCGUAUCAUCUGUUUCAAUUAUCUCUCGUGGAAGUUGGGAUACAAGUGUGACACUAAUUGGACACGAUUCUCCAACGGAAGUUGUUCGUUUCAAUCCAAGAUUAUUCAAAGUUCUUGAAAAGAAAAUCAAGAGAAGAAGCCCUAUACCAGAUGUAGAUGCAGCUGAAGUCAGACUUUCAGAAGCUAUAGACGGCGAGAACCAUCGAUCUGAAGGUGAUGAGAAUCAUCGACCUGAAAGCGAAGAGAAUCAUCAGGCUGAAGGCGAAGAGAACCAUAUACGUUCAGGCGAAGAAAACCUUCGACCUGUAGGCGAAGAGGCGCGAGAAGAAUCGGAAAUAGAAGAGGUGGUGGAAGAAAAAGUGGAUUCUGUCAUUGCAACAGCAGGACAGGACAAGACACUUGUUAUUUGGAGCACUGGAAGAGCAAAACCUCUUUUAGUUGCGUAUGAUAUUACUAGUAAAUCUAUAACCGACAUGGUUUGGAGUCCGGAUGGCACUAUCUUGUUCUUGACAUCUUUGGAUGGUUCUAUCAUUACAAUAGUCUUUGAAGACAAUGAGCUUGGAGUAGCUAUUCCGCUAGAGAAAAACGUCGAGCAACUACAUAGGUACGGUGUCGAUAAAGAUUCCUUUGACUUCCCUGAGAGUGUAAGACAGCUUGAGCUCGAAGACGAAGCUAGAAAGCUAGGAAAGGAGGAGAACAAAUUCGAGAAAACCGCCAAUGUCGAAAGUACCUCAGAUCAUGAACCAACAAAAAAAUCUCUGGAUCUGCCUCCUCCUCAAGGGACAGUACAGAGUCCGACAUUGUUGAAUGUGAAGAGAAAGGAGCCAGCAACUAAGAGCGAUGUCGUCUUACCGCCUACUAAAAAGCUGGAGCUGGCGACACCUAGCAGUAAGGAAGAAAACCUCAAAAGGGCCAUUGUCAAAAACGGGCGUAAGAGAGUUGCUCCUACACUAAUAUCUUCGGGAUACUCGCCAACAAAGCCUACUGAAAACAAGUCUCCUUCUUUCAGAUCCCAAAGCCCUGCUCUAAAAAGCUUAGGAUCAGAAGACAUUUUCAACAAUCUGAAGGACAAAGUUGGUCGCCAGUCAUUUCCCAUGCCAAGGUUAGGAAUACACUCCUUGAUAAUGGGGUUUAGAGAACGAGGGGUGGAUAAAUAUUAUCGCGGUGGCGAGGAUAUGGAAAAUAGUAGAGAAGAAAAUGACAGAGAAGAAAAGGAUGGAACUGACGGGGCAGAAGCUAAGGUACCAAGCGAUCAUAUUAUGAGGCUCAAUUCGAAAACAACACCAGAAAAAGUAUGGUUUGACGAACCCAGCACUCGAUACGUUGAAACACCCAACGUGUUGUCCGACGCUGACGUUGUGCUCGUUGAGUUUGGAGAUCUUGAUGACCUUUACAUAAUGGAAGUUCGCAACGGCGUCGAGCGUGGUUUGCAAUUUGAUAGGGACGCGUUGUUUGAGAGCCCUACAAAAAUUUUGAGCUAUCAUCACGGAGAAAGGGUAAUAGAUAUAUUGAUUCCCGAGAUUAUCAUAUGUGCCCUGGGCUCUUCGAAACGUAAAUGCUGGAUUCUCGCGACCGCUGAAGGGAAUCUCCUUAUCUACACGUCUUUCGGCAAGCACAAACUGCCGAAAAUUGCACUUGGUCACAAAGCUGUCAAGAUGGCAACAAUAGAUGAUUAUUUGGUCGUAUUGACCGAGUCGGGAUUAUUGUACGCCUGGGAUAUUGAGAAAGGAAUUUGUAUACAUAAAAAGGUUCCUAUUUUACCCAUUAUGUGCAACUCCCCAGUUGACUCCAAUCGUGUGCGUAUUCACAAGAAAAUAACAAAAAUCAGCAUAGACUUGAAGACUCAUGAUCUACUACUAGCAUUCAUCAAUCCUCGCGAAUCUUAUUGUUGGAGUUCAAGUCUUGGUUGCUGGACAGCUAAUGCUGUACAAUCUUCUUUGUCCAGCAAACUAACUCCGAUGUCAGUUUGCACUUAA